AUGGUUCGGUCCAUCGUUCUCGUCAUUUUUCUUACUUCUAUUUUUCUAUCACAAUGUCAACAUGAAUCGAUUGCUUCCUUCAAAUCAACUCUGUGUACCAAUGAUACCCGGAAGAUUCCAUUGUUUGCAACACAAGACAUACACAAAACAUUCGAUCGAGCUCAUUUACGAGCACUGAACAUCCGUGUCAUUCAUAUCUCAACAUUGAUCAAUGAUCGAAAAGUAGCAACAUUUGACAAAGAUCGUCAUUACAUUGAUAACAUAAUUCAUAUAUUAGAUAACACACAAACAUCGAAGAACGACUCAACCAUAGUUUAUACUUUGAAAGUGCAUGCGAACUAUAUCAACCGAACUUUGAUUCAUUAUUCUAUACGAAUGAUCGAUGGUGAAAACCAUAUUUUCCGUAUUAACUGUUCCGAUGUAAUAUUGAUUAUUGGACCCAGUCGUGUAAUUGACAAGGUAUUCAAAGGAAUUAUUCCAUUCGUUAUUAUGUUUAUAUCAAUUCAAAUGGGAAUUUUAUUAGAUCUUGAAGUCUUGAAAGAGUUGAUUCGUCGACCGAUACAAAUUCUGAUAGGUUUUUGUUGCCAAUACGGUCUCAUGCCAUUGAUAGCUUAUAGUAUAACUAAACUCUUUCGUUACGAAUCUCUCUAUGGUUUAGGCCUAUUUGUUGUUGGAUGUUGUCCAGGUGGCUGGGCGUCGAAUCAAUGGACAGUACUAUUUGAUGGAGAUUUGAAUUUGUCUGUGUUUAUGUCCUUUUCAUCGACGGUGGCUUCAUUUUUUAUGAUGCCUUUCUGGCUGUAUACACUUGGUGAGCGUGUCUAUCUGCGUGAUUUGAAAAUUCGCAUUCCAUUUGUAAACCUAACGCAAUCGCUAUUGACAAUUAUUGGUCCUCUUGGAAUAGGAAUGCUUGCAGUUUACUGUUGUCCGAAAAUCAAGCCAAUCGUUACACGUAUUGUCAAACCGAUGUUGUUGAUCUUAAUCCUUUAUUUCUUUGUUUUCGGUGCUUUUGUUAACUUUUAUCUUUUUCGAUACAUCAGUUUACGGAUAGCACUGUCAGCACCUCUUUUACCCUGGUUAGGUUUUAUAUUUGGUGGUCUAUUCGCUUGGAUUUUUCGACAGGACUGGUCACGAAUAAAGACAGUUGGAAUUGAAACAGGUAUUCAAAAUGUUGGCAUUGCAUUCAUGGUUUUACUCUAUUCAUUUCCAGCACCAGAAAACACCCAAGCGUCUGUUAUUCCUCUUGUCGUUGCUUAUCUAUCAGCUCAACCGUUUUAUCUGAUUCUCCUCGGUCGAUUUAUAUAUCGGAAAUGUCAGAAACCGGAAAAACCUGUUCGCUACGUAUCUGACGAUACUCUCAGCAAAACCACUCGACGGUUAAGCGAAGAAGAAUCCGAGAUCGUCGAUACUUCAUCUCCAAAACGAAAACCAUCCAUUAUAGUAUCAGUAGCCGGGAUGGCUGCUGACUCUGAACCAUUAGAAGUUUCAUAA